AUGCUGGUAAAAAUUGAGAAGGAAAUUGCCCGAUACAACUCUCUCAGUGAUAACAAAAUCGCCUCGAUUCACAUGAGUAACAGUGGUAAUCUGAAAAUGUUUGGCAGCAAACGCAUUAUUAAUGCGUGCUUGCAUUCGUCAAUGCCCACAACACUCGAAGAGAAGUAUGAGGAAAAAAGAAAGCGCAAGGAGAAGUCAGUCGAGGACAUGGAGAUUGUUUCGAUUCCACUGGUUCAUACUGCGCAUUACAAAGUCGAUUUUGCUAAAGAUUUCGAAAUUCGUUCAAUACUGAUCAAAUUCAUAAAUUCAAUGCAUUUUCCAUGGAGUCCUUGGUUUGACAUUCCUCAGAAUCCGGAAUACUGGCCAGAGCAAGUUCCAUUUUACAAUCCCAGUUCCCGCGUCGUUGAUUUAGAGGAAAUUGCUCGACUAGAGUCAUCUACAGCUUAUCGCAUUGAUGAACUUGAAAGGAAUAUACUGCAAUUCGCAUUUUAUCGCUACAAUGAGUUCAUAAGACGUCACUUUGGAAAUAUCAGAUUAUUCCAUUCUGGAGAACUCGGUGAGCCACGUCCAAGUAGCAGAAAUGCAGUGUCAUCCCUGAUUUAUUCCGAUUCUGCAGGUGUGUUUUUGUUAUUAGAUGACCGCAACCUUGUGAAGUGUUUUUGGUUCAGCCAGGACUUCACAAAGUGGAUAAUUUAUAAAGCUACGGUACUCGAUCUUGUUAGUAUGAGCCGAAAAACCAACACUGCGGCGGCUCAUUGA